AUGGUCCCGGGGGUCAGGGCCCAAUUCGGCUUUGAUGGGGUUGAAGACGAUGAUGGGGUCCAAGAUGACACGGUAGAUGACGAGAAUGGUACAAUCGCGGAAGAGAUUGGCAAAGUGGGAGUAGGGGCGGCGGUGACCAAGAUAUUUGAAGAAGUACGAGUAGUUGUCAGUUUAUAUGUCGAUGAAUCACUUGUUGACGUCGGAAAUGGGGUCGGAAUCCCAGGCGGAAACAUCUCGGUAGUUCUGAUUGCAUGUGCUAAAUCCGCACUCCUCCAGCGGAUCUCAAAGGCCGGUGCGGACAGGCCGCUUUCGCAUGAGAUAUUAGACCCUCUUCCUCUGAAGCUAUGUGCAGUGCGCACUUACUCUGGAACACAUCUCACCACCGUUUCCUCACUUCGAAUCGGCCAGCCGUUGCUCACUGGCGAUGUCAGGGUGCACUCGGCACGAUAUCCCUCGAAACACUCUCCCGGCGAAUAA